UUAUACAUCAUAACAGUCGAAUCGAACCUUCAGCGUGCUCUCCAUUAACAUCCGACAGAAGGUACAUUUUUAAACACCGGUAUUCAAAGUCAUUGGGGUUAAUAAUAUAUGUUAACCACAAUAACUACUUCUUUGAAAGUCAAAAUGAUUUUCGCAGCCACAGGCAGCAGGUCAGCCCUAUUUGUCAAACGCAAAAUUUUGUUGAGGGAUACCUGUCGGUUGUUUUCAACAAAUGACGUUAUUUUAGCGGAUCAAGGGAAACCACCAUCGAAGAAACGGUGGAGAAAAAGUCACAAGAAACUUCCCUGGACUGAUGGUUUGUCCUGGGAGGAACGGCUGGCCGAUGUGGUCACCCCUCUGUGGAGACUAAGCUAUGAUGAGCAACUUGAGCUCAAGCAAAAUAAUCAGGAAAGGAUACUGUCUCAGCUCUCUGAGCAUCUUUCACGUGAUUCACAGUCCUCAUCACCUGUGAGAGGUAAACUCAGUUUCCCUGUCCUACCCAUUCUGCCAUCGCCAGUUAGGGAUGGCUACCGCAACAAGUCUACGUUUUCUGUCAACAGAGGAGUAGAUGGCAAUUCAAAGACUGUUGGAUUUUACGUGGGCACAGGCAAGGAGGGGAACAUUGUCUGCAUCAAUGGAGACCACCUGCUCAACAUGCCGGAGAAGCACAAACUUGUAGCCAGAUGCUACCAGGACUUUGUGCGCCUCUCUUCCCUGGAGCCCUGCCUGCUGUUUCACACUGGGGGUCACUGGAGAGAGGUCACAGUGAGGACCAACAAAGAGGGCCGCACCAUGGCCAUAGUGUACUUUCAUCCGCAGAUGCUCACCCCAGAAGAGGUGGCAGUCCAUAAGGCUGACCUGGUGGAUUACUUCACGCGAGGUCCUGGAUCGGUCUGUCAGCUGGACUCACUGUUGUUCCAGGAGAGCAGCAUGACUCGCUGCACUCAUGAGGACUCCCCCUACCAGCUCCUGCAUGGUCAGCCGCACAUAUAUGAGGAGGUGCUGGGCUUCAAGUUCCGCAUCUCUGCCGAUGCCUUUUUCCAGGUGAACCAGGCCGCCGCUGAGGUGCUCUAUGGCAAAGUGAGAGACCUGUGCGUCCCAGAAACUGGGGAAAGUGGUGGGGGAACAAAAGUUGGCGGCACUCUUCUAGACGUGUGCUGCGGAACAGGUGCUAUUGGCAUUACUGUAUCCCCCACAGUGGACAGAAUUAUUGGUAUAGAGCUCAUAGAACAGGCAGUGCAAGAUGCAAAACACAAUGCAGCUCUCAACAAUAUACUGAACUGUGAGUUUGUUCCCGGGAAGGCAGAGGUGGUGCUGCCUGGCCUUAUGUCUCGGCUGAGCUCCGCAGGCGGAGGCCUCACAGCCGUGGUAAACCCUGCUCGGGCUGGCCUGCAUUACAGAGUGGUCAGAGCUUUACGAAACCAACCCUCCAUUCGCCGGCUGGUCUAUGUUUCCUGUAAGCCAGAUGGAGAGGCUAUGAGGAACUUCAGGGAGCUUUGCUGUGCACCCAACCUGCAGAAAAAACUCACAGGACAAGCAUUCUCUCCAACUCUGGCUGUGCCUGUGGACAUGUUCCCACAUACUCCUCACUGUGAACUGGUGCUACUUUUUGAGAGGUAGCAAAUAUUUUUGGUUCCAAGGUGAGUUUUACUGUUUUAACCAAAAACACUGGUUGCUUUAGAAAGUCAACAGGCAGUUGAAUGAUGAUGUGCAUAUGCAUUAAAAUUCUUAUUGUGAUUAUUGA